CGGUCCGCUCGGAUACAUCGGCUCGCGCGCCUCUUUCCCGGCGAAAAACCCGGGGCGCGCCCGUGGCCGUCGGCCGGGCGCCAUUCCGCGUCGCGAGCGCGCCGCGGACCGCGGGGCUCGGUGCUGCGGAGUGCGCGCGCGAAAUGGCGCCGAGGGACGGCACCUCCCGAGGUCAAGCGUUUCGCGCCCCCGGACUCUCUGCGGGCGAAUCCAGUGCUAAAUGCAUCCCCGCGGCACGGCAGUGUCGAGGAGAAACGCAACGUGGGUGGACCCCGAAAAGCAACGAGUCGACGUGUGCGCGUGUGUGACGUCAGAGUGUAAGUUUGCACAGCUCGCCUUCUUCGAGCUACGACGAGCAAGUGACAGUAAUUACGGCAUCGACGGUUAUGCUCAUUUUUAUGCCCACCUAAGAUUAUUACGAAGAUAUCGCGCCAACUGACCGUAAAACGCACGAAUAGACGGUUCGCAAAGAAUUAUCAUUUCAUUUCGUUUGGAAAAAAUAACAUAGCAAUUUGACGUUCCCGUGGAAAGAUGUACGGGAAAGUUGCUACUGAAAGUUCGACCGAAGAAAUAUCUUCACGUUCGUCGGAAGUCAUCUUGCGUUCCUGAACAUUCGAAAGUUCAUUAGCCCUCGUUGGGAAAAUGCGCAUAGAAACGCGCACCAGACGGCCAAAGAGGGGAUGGCUUCUCGACCGUUCGAAGAAAGCAACGACGGAGAUCAAGUUAGCUAGCGGAUCGAGCCACGACCAUCAUCUGCACGUGGUCGAUGCAGUGGGUACGCACAGAUCAGAAUUGGCAAACGCACCACGAGCGCCUGUCCAUAAAUCGCCGGACCGGAAUGGCUGUCCCGCAGAACUUGGCGAACAACGGCGCAUCGCAAUGAGCUCAGCAUCCGCUCUCGGCGCGUCGGUGCGCAGCCAGAGUCGUGUCGUCCCACCCGAGCAACGAGACGCGUCGAAUGCCCCCUCCCUCGCGCCCCUGCGGCCGGAGCCGCGCGGUCGUUCAUUGGCCGGCCGGCCGGAGCGACGGGGGCGUGCACUGGGGCAAUGAUAUAAGUGUGGCCGGCGAUCCGGGGGAGGCAUGCGCGGGGACCGUGUGCUCAUUAAUCGACUACCAUACCAGUCGCGGCGCAACUCUCUCUGGGCGCGGAUCUCUACAAUAGCGUCCGCCACGAGCCUUAAUCGGCGCUAAUUCGCCCCUCUCCCAUCCCUUUUUCGACGCCAAUUGCCGGCAAUUGGGCCCCCUGGCCGAUCCACGUGCUGCUUUUUUUCGUGCCCACACCUUGGCUUUUCGGCCGUCCGCGCGAUCGCGACUCGCCGUCGCAGUGCCGAGCGAACGAUUACGCUCGAUUAAUCAAUAAGCGAUCGUCGUCGGCUCGUGUCCCGGCUAUUGGAUUAAUCAAUUUCUCGGGCGGCGGCAAUCGGACAGUGGCGCGAGGUCGGCCCGUGCGAAGUGAGUGCGACACAGUUCGGUUAUUAGCCGAGGGGAGGAGGAAAUCGCUGCCAAGAUUGAGGUGAUCUACGGACAGCAAAUGGACGGGGGCCCGUUCGACGAUCCGAUUUUCUCGGAUUUCGGGGUGCGAGGCGCCGCCAGCGGGGUGCACAGCAUACAUGUCAUGCUCGGCCUCAACGGCAAUCACCAUGGUGCCGAGCUCGUGCCGCCUGGCAGCGGACAUCUCCACAAGCUUGACUCGUCGGGAGGCUCGCCGCCGCACCAUCACCACUUGCAGCAGCAGCAUCACCAGCAGCAGCAACAUCAGCAGCAGCAGCAGCAACAGCAGCAAAAGGAACUAAAAGAAUUAGAAUUGGCUGGCAUGUACGCGCCGAUGCCACAGGCGCAAGACGUGUCGGCGACGAGCGCCGCCGGCCAGACGUCCGCCACUUCCGGCGCUCUACAGCAGCAGCAGCAGCAGCAGCAGGCUCUGCAACUCGGCAACUCGAUGAAGAGGAAAGACGACCCAAUCAAUCAGCUGGCUCCCGUGAUCAACGAGGCGCAGCCAGCGAAGAAGGAUUCGAAGAAGAAGACCGAGAACAACGGUAUCAAGAAAAAGAAAACGAGAACGACGUUCACGGCCUAUCAGCUUGAAGAGCUCGAGCGCGCGUUCGAGCGCGCACCCUACCCUGACGUAUUCGCUCGCGAAGAGCUAGCAUUGAAACUUGCACUAUCGGAAUCUCGGGUUCAAGUUUGGUUUCAAAAUCGCCGUGCCAAGUGGCGCAAGCGCGAGCCACCGCGCAAGACUGCUGGUUACAUGGCCGCCGGAUCGGCGAGUCCUGGACUCACGGGUUCAUUCAAUACACUCAACAGCACAUUAAACCCAUUCGCGACAUCGACUACAAGCGCAGCACCACCAGACGCUUGGACAUAUUCACCAGCAUACGAUUUGGCACCACAUUUGAACCUUCUAAGUCCUUCGAAUUCGCCGUAUUCAACGUCCUUUGGUGGUCCAGGAAACAAUGGUUCAGCAGCUGCCACUGCUUAUUCGUACGCGACGAUGCUUCCACAACACGACGCUUCGUUGUUCGCUGCACCGACGGGGAAUACAAUGCGCGUGCACCAAGACUACAUGAAUGCAAGUAACAGUCCGCCACCGGCUCUUGCACGAUCCGACUAUCAGACUAUGGUUCCGACUCAUUCGCCACCCACGCAUCUUUCGGCUGAUGAUGAACACCAUACGCAAGGAAAAUUGGAUUAUGUUGGCGCUUUAAGUCCUUCGGACAAGUACGGUCAACAUGAGACGAGUGAAUAUUCGCAACAACAGCAGCAGCAGAGCCAACAACAAGACCACAAAAAUGAAUAUGGAAUGCAUUCGCCGACGAGCGCGAGACAAGCCAUGAAAGAGCAAACACUGGUGAAGAGCGAACCAGGAAGCCAGCAGAACUAUGUACAGCUGCCGCCUUUUCUGAACUGACACGAACCCUCGGGUUCGGAAUAUCAAGAUUUUACAGUUGAGCCGACGUGUUAUAUGCCAUACUGUUGAGAAAAAAGAUUCGACAGAGCUUUUUUAUAUCAAGAGAAGAAUGUAGUUUGAAUGAAAAAAUUUGUUUACCUACCGCGUAGGAAUUUGAAUGCCAACCCUCGGUCAGCGAAGGAUUUUUUGUACGCAUUUACAAAAUGUUAAGUGUUUUACGUAAGUUAUCACGAUGGUAAAGAAGUAAGACGAAGCAGAGAAUGAAGCUAAUUGCUUUAGAAUACACUAUUAGGAAUAAAAGUGUAUAUUUACAUGUUAAAAAUAUCCGUUACUCUGAGAUAACAGAAGAUUAAUUUUUUUUUUUCGUUAGGAUAACAGAGAUGUAUAAUUUAACUUUUCUCAACCAUAGUGUGAUUUUUUCAAAGUUGUAUUUAUGGAUUUAAUUUUCUAUAAAACCAAAGUUCUUUUUUUAAUGACACGCUAUGUCAAUAAAUAUCAAGUGCAUAACUGCAACCCAUCUGUACUUUUUUGCGCAUCUAACAAUUUAUAGUGUUUAGGUAGAUGUUGUAAGAAACAUAUUUAGUGAUAAGUGCCUUAGUGCGUCCUCGUAGUGAGCCCGAGUAUAAAAUACUAUACUAACUCAUAUACAGUGCCUUUUUCUUUUGCUGUUUUAUUUGAAUAUAAUUUGAUUCACAAAUUGCCCUACUGUUAUAGUGCUAUAUAAGAUUAUCAUUAUAUACGUCAUCUAAGCUUAUUUUCUGUUGCCUAUUCAUUUUAAGUGUGUGAAAAUUUUAAUAAAAGUCUAAAAACGAUAUUUAUUAUUUGUUUGAAUAAAUAACAACCUUGAUUUGUAACAAAUUAUUUUUAUAAAAGUUAUCUAUUACAUACAAAACGUAUAACUCUUUAGUAUUCUAUUAAUUAUUCUGAUAUAGAAUAUAAGACCUUAUACAUUUUUUGUACAGUUACAUUUUCCAUUCUG